AAGACCUCUCUUCCUCUGGCUCUCUACUCUCUUCUGUCUCUCUUUCUGUCAUUAUUUAAAAAGGGUUAGGCGUGAAUUACAUAUUUGUCUGUGGCUGAACUGGGUUGGUUUUUAAUUUGCUGUGCUCCCAGUCUCAUUUGACAUUUCGGGGAGAUAUUGUAUCUUUUUUUUUGUCCUCACCUGUACUUUUCUUUUUUUUUGCACCUUUUUUUCUGCUUUCAGAGGCUACUUGGCUCCUGCCCCACCCCCUCUACCUCCAUUUUUGGACACCACUUUGCAGGAAGAUUAAACCACACAAGCAAUCAAAGCCUUUGGAAGAAUGAGUAGCUACAAUAUUUCUCUGAGUGGGCCGGCCCCAUGGGGCUUCCGAUUGCAGGGAGGCAAGGACUUCAACAUGCCCCUGACCAUCUCCAGGAUCACCCCAGGGAGUAAGGCACAGCAGGGAAACCUGAUCCAGGGUGACAUCAUCGUGGCCAUCGACGGGGUCAGCACUGAAGGCAUGACCCACCUAGAGGCCCAGAACAAGAUCAAGUCUGCCAGCUUCAACCUGGCCCUCACCAUGCAGAAGUCAAAGCGCCCAUUUCCACUUUCCACAUCCACCCAAAGAAUGGAUUCUCCCAUGCAACAGAUCCCUCACCAGAAGGCUCAAACUACCAAAAUAAAUGGCGGCCUCUCGGCCUGCAAUACCUCCUCCGUGUCACUAGAGGCGUCUGGCGAGAAAAACUCCUACUCGGGGUCGCCCACCAAGAGGCAAACUCCAAGCCCUGGGGGCAAGACGACCCCCACAAAGAAGGCACAGUAUAACACUCCUAUUGGGCUGUACUCAGCUGAGACCCUGCAAGAGAUGGCUCAGCUCCAGGAGAGCCACAGAGGAAAGGGCUCUGCAGCAGGCCUCUCAGUGGGUUCGCUCCCAGUAAAAGAUGCUCAGGUAGACAGUGCCUCCCCAGUUUAUCAGGCUGUGAUCAAGACUGCAGACAGGGACACGGAGUUGAAUGACUGGGCCCGCAGCUCCUCCCAGGUGCAGUCCAAGUCCUUCCGCCUCCUCGCCCACAUCACGGGAACGGAGUUCAUGCAAGACCCAGAUGUGGAACAUCUGAGGAAAUCAAGGGAAAAGUUUGACACGGAAUUUAAAGGUCCACGUUUUGCCAAAUUGAAAAAUUGGCACAAUGGCCUGUCUGCUCAAAUCCUAAACCUGCCAGAAAAAGCCGUGGUUUAAAAUAUGUGUCAGACCGAACGUAACUGUAGCAACCAGAGAAGUGCAGAGCAGGUAAAACAGUUGGACUGUGAGUGAGGAGAAGGUCAGGCUAAAGAUACUGGAAUGUGAGUUCGUGGAAAGAGGGUUGUUCAAUACUUGUUGAUCACAUGUUGUAGUGAAGAUUUUAGCCCAAUGUCAUAUUCCCUCCUUAUUUUGGCUAUUUAAGUUGAUGCUAGCUUUCUAAAGUAAUUGCAGCUGUAUAAGAAAGUUGUAUUGUAUUUCAACCGUAAAUUAUCACUAUUUGAGUUUGACAUUGUGAUAAGUAUGAAUAAAAACAAUGCCACUAAAUAAAA